AGAGGACAAGCAACUUGGAAGAGGUCUAGGUGUCUGGGAGGGGGGCUCCCGCCCCAAAUCCGCACUCCCGCCCCAAAGUCUCCUGCCUCGAGACCAAGACACAUCCACCAUGGGGGUCAGCCGUGGCUGCUUGCUGUGCGUUAAAGUGAAGAUGUUUGUCUUCAACCUCAUCUUCUGGCUCGGCGGCUGUGGGGUGCUCGGCGUGGGCGUAUGGCUGGCUGUGACCCAGGGCCGCUUUGCCACCUUGUCGUUCUCGUUCCCGUCUCUGUCGGCAGCGGGGCUUUUCAUGGCGACUGGAGCCAUCAUCAUGGUUGUGGGCUUCCUCGGAUGCUUGGGGGCAGCCACAGAGCACCGCUGCCUCCUACUGACGUUCUUCCUGGUCCUCUCCACCCUCUUCCUCCUGGAGCUGGUUGGGUUGCUGGUUUUUGUCACCUGUAGGGACAAGUUUGAUAGAUAUGCCCAGUCCAAUCUAAAGGAAGGACUUCAGCUGUAUGAGACAGAGGGAAAUGUGGGUUUAACCAGAGCAUGGGACGUUGUGCAGAAUGAGUUUCGCUGUUGUGGGGUGCAGAACUACACAGACUGGUUUGAGGUCCGCAACAAAACGUGGGUUCCCGAGUCCUGCUGCUUGCAGCAAAGUGACAUCUGCCAAGUGGACAGCGCCAGCUGGUGGAAGGAGCCCUGUUACGAGAAGGUGAAACGCUGGCUAGGAGAGAACAUCUCAGCCAUGGGCAUCUUUGCCGCCUGCAUCAUUGUUGUCCAGGUCUUGGGCAUCGUUUUCUCCAUGCUGAUGUACUGCCAGGUGCGGCGGGCGGAGAAAUACUAUGACUGAGCCCCAUCCGAGUACAUUCUUCAUGCCUCCGUCUUUGUGGCUCAGAAGCAGCACCAAGGGGAUUCCUAGCUCCUUUAGGGCACCCACUUUCCCUUGCUUCCUCUCCCUUUCGCUUUCCUUCUUAUUUGAGAGCCUGAGGCCUUUUGCUAAAGAUCAUUCCUGCCAUUAGACUCAUGCCAUAUCUGCUGGGAGAGGAAGAUACCCCCCCUUCCUUCUGAAGGACCUCGUUUUUUGCUAAAUCUUUUAUUGUGCGUACCUCUUUUCAGGCCUAGAGUGGGAUUAUAUUUCCUUUCACCUUAGCCUACAUAAUCCCCCAUCCCACCCCUAUAUUUUACAUCGUGAUCCUGACAUCUACCCACCCUUUGCCCUUCAAUCUUGUUGCUUUUGUAUAUAACAGAACUAUACCAAGCACCAAUAAAGCAAUUAAUCCCUUUCA